AUGGCGAGUGAUGAGGAUGAUGAUGCCCCUUCAAUAAGACGCCCAACUAAGCGACGCCGCAAAGAUCCGAGUUCAAAAUGUCAUGGUAUCCCCACUACAAUUCGAGCGCUCCUUGGACAUCAAGCCCGGAUUUUGCGAUUGGGUGACUACAUUCAAGCAAUCGCCCCAUCUCUGGAGUUUGACCUGAAGGAGGACCCUGCCUCAAACCAACACUUAAAUUCCUUGAUGAGACGACUGUCCAACACGGUGGUGUCACCUACUAAUCAUCAGGAUGCAAUCAAGCCAGUCUUCCAGAAGGUGACAAAGCCUCGCGUGGAAACAUCUUUGUUAUCUAUUGUUGAUGACGUUGUAUGGUCCCUGGUCGUCAACAAGAAACAAACACAAGUUAGGAAUGCCCUCUCGCAAGGGUAUGUGGUGGCGUCCGAAACGCUUUCCAAUCAAGUUACCGGUUGUUUCAUGCGACCUGGUGUCAUGAGUACACACCUAAACUCAAAUGCUUCCUUUUGCAAAAGCUCAAAACUGUUUCGCGUCCUACAUGCAAAGGUUGGCGAUGAAAUCGUACGAUUCCUGCUGUUGAAAACAAGCAUCUUCGUGCCUCACGAAACAACAACAACAACAACUGGAAAUCAACAACAUAACAAUUAUCAACUCGUCUGUGGACCAAUUCCCAAUGGGCGCCCUGCCAAUGCCACGCAGCCCAACACAGCAGGAAACAAGUCCCGUAGCCAUCGAUAUCUAAAGCCCCAUGCGACAAUCAACAGGCAAUCCAUGUUGGGUUCUGAUGCCUUUGUUCCUAAAGUAGGAUUGCCCAAGGAUCACAUUCUCAACGAUGAUGCUCCCAGAGAACAAGAGCUACUCUCGCGCAUGAUUCCCAUAAAUGACACCCCAAGUGGUAGGAAACGACCAAAAAGAUGGAACCGGCUCAAGGUCAUGGGCAUUCCCAUAUGCAAAGAUAUCAUAAAAGGAAGCAAAAAGUGUGAUUAUCAUCGACUAUUGGAUCGGUGUUGUCCAAUGCCAGAUGCCUUGAAGAACAGAAUACAUGAAGGAGAAAAGACGUUGGCACCCAAGGACGUUGCGACAUGCUGUACUCCAUCUGGCGAGGUAUUUGCUUUUCUCUCGAAAGCUCUACGGAUCGUCUUUCCUUUGAGAUUCUGGGGAUCAUCGCACAAUUUGGACACAUUUCUGGGGGUUGUGCAAACUUUUGUCAACCUAAGGAGGAGAGAAGCGCUCCCCAAUAAGACCUUGAUGAACCGAACUCGCGUUCUGGACUUUACGUGGUUGAUCGGGGAAGGAUCCUCACAUAAAAAACGCAAACUCUGUCGAACAGCCCACGAAGCUGCUACACGUCUUGUGACUACAGUGCUGAGGUGGGUAUUCAACGACUUCAUCGUGCCUCUCCUCAGGUCCAACUUUAUCUCCACGGAAUCCGAGUUCUCAGGCCGCAGAGUACUGUACUACAGGAAACCUACCUGGGCGUUGUUUCGAUCUCUGUCACUGAAACACUUGAAGACCAAACAAUACAAGGAGAUAAGCGCAGCUGAUGUGAAGGAACGCCUGCAAAUACAAAAGACAGGAUGCUCGAGGCUGCGGCUUCUCCCCAAGGCAACAGGUGUUCGACCGAUUGCCACCCUCUGCAAGCGUGACAACAGCCUUCUCUCAGACGGGAAACCGGCAAUGUGUCCGAUAGCAACGGAUCUCAAGCCUGCUGCCAAACGGCGCAAGGUUCGCCACAGUUCCAACCUCAAACCGUACGCUUCAAGUGCUGGCAGCAAACUCAAGUCUACGAAUGAAAUCCUUCGAGAUUCACUGGCUGUGCUCCAGUUUGAACACCAAAACAAUCCUCAACUGUUCGGGGGUGGACUUUUGGGCUUGCACGAAUUCUAUCCUCGGUGGCAUGAAUAUGUUUCCAAUGUGCAAGCCAGGGCACCACUCGGCAAACCUGUUCAGUCCUACUUUGCCAGUGUUGAUAUUCGGCGUUGCUACGACAACAUUGUUCAGGACCGUCUCUUGGAGCUUCUGAAUGGCAUCCUAUCAGAAGACAACUAUGCAAUAAACCGAUGCUCGUUGUUGCAGUCCACACCAGAAAGGAGUGGAAUUGCAAAGAGGCAACUCAAGCAAGUCUGCCCCGUUGAAACGUUUGAUAUCAUCCAAAGAGGAGGCAUUCUUCAGAGGAGCUCUCGAGAUGGUGCUGUCCUUCUCGACGAAGGAACCUCUAGUGUUGCCAAGAAGGGAGAAUUAAUGGAAUUGAUCAGAGAGCAUUUGCAGAGCCACGUCGUUGUGACCAGUGGACGUCAUAGAGAUGUCUUUCUCCAUCAAAGGAAAGGGAUUCCUCAAGGAAGUUCUCUGUCGUGUUUCUUGUGCAACUUCUACUAUGGUUCCCUCGAGCAAGAUGUGAUGGGUACUGAUGCACAAAACCAAUCAACGGAGGGGCAUGUUUCUCUACUUGUCCGCAUCAUCGAUGAUUUCUUGCUUGUGACAACGAAUAAAGCCUUGCACAAAUCCUUCUUGCAAGCCAUGCGACGAGGAAACCCGUCACUUGGGAUGACAAUCAACCAAGAGAAAGUCUUUUCCAGCAUCAAUCUUUCUCUCACCAACGAUGACGGGACUUCUUAUCAGGUCCAACGAGCACCAGACGCUGGUCUCCCGUGGUGUGGUUUACUGUUUGACACAGAAUCUUGCGGGGUCAAGCUGGACCUCUCUAGACUUGCAUGCGGCAAGGCCGCAGAUAGCCUGACGGUAGCUCGGACCAGGAAGGAAGGCGAACAACUGAGAAUUGCGAUGAAAAGUUUUGUGCGUCCAAGGUGCUACCCAAUCCUCUUUGAUCCUUCGAUCAACUCUCGACGGAAUAUAGACGCAAACUUUUUCGAUCUCAUGCUCAUUUGUGCUGUCAAGACGGAUGCUUAUGUCGCAAGCGGCAACAUGCUCAACUCUUCCAGCAGGAAUGUUGACUUUCUGCUUUCCUGUAUCGCUGAUACCAUAUUGUUUUCGCUGCAAUUGAUCAAGAGCCGCCACCGAAUGGGUGUGCAACAAUCCACCAGUGCGCCCCAUAUUGAUCUCACGAAGGCAAUGGCGCUAUCGCUCGGUUGGAAUGCCUUUCUCCUCAUCUUCCAAAGACGCCGGUACGAAUGGGGCUUGAUUGCCAGGGUGAAGAAGAAACUUCAGCGAUGCCCCCACAGUCCGCGUGUUCGCCUUGUACUUCUCGAGAGGAGGGAUCAUGUUCAUGUGUGGAUGCUUUGA